AUGUCUGGUCUCAUCAACAAGGUCAAGGAAGCUAUCCACUCCGACAAGGACAAGUCCCACGAGCAGCCUGAGGGAACUCAUUCUCGUGUUGCCAAUGCCGCUGAUCCUCGAUACGAUUCGGACAGAGACCACCGUGCGAACCCUGGCACUACAACCACUGGCGGCCUGGGAUCUUCCACCCACAACACUGGCACAGCUGGUGGCUUGACUGGAGGCUCUACCUACUCUGAGAACAUGCCUGGUCACACUACCUCCGGACGCACUGAGAACAUGCCUGGCCAUACCACUGCUGGUGGCCUUGGCUCUCAUGGUGGCAUCGGGGGUACGUCUGGCGGCCUUAGCGGCAACUCUGGCACUUAUGGCCAGACUACUGGAACUUCGGGUCUUUCAAGCCACGGUGCAGGUACUCAAGGUGGCAUUGGGGGUACAUCUGCUGGUUACAGCACUGGUCCUAGUAACACUGCUGGACCCCAUUCCAGUGAUAUGGCCAACAAACUUGAUCCAAAAGUGGAUAGUGAUCUUGACGGAUCUCGACGACUUGGUGGUUCCAACACCCACGGCAACCAGAGCGGCCUCAGCGGUAACUCUGGCACCUACGGCCAGACUACUACUGGAACUUCUGGCUUCUCCAGCCACGGAGCCGGUGCACACGGCCCCACUCACACCUCCGGUUUGAGUGGAACUGGCUCUACCGGUACAUAUGGCUCUACCACCGGCACCGGACCUGGACCUGCUCCGAAAACCGCUGGCCCCCAUUCUAGUGAUUUGGCCAACAAACUUGAUCCAAAGGUGGAUAGCGACCUUGACGGUAGCAAAACUCUUGGCAAAGACAAGACUUUCCAGCAGUCUAACAACAACUUCGCCGGCCGGGAUCCUACCGAUGCUACUCAGGUUCCUCCUUCUGUUCUGCAGAAGCAUGUUCCCACUGAGAUUGCUCAUGAUGAUCCUCAUAGUGAUCACAGCCGACGACACAGCAGCACUCAUCAAGAGACUCAUCGAGCCUCAAGGAGACUCGCCUUUGUCACUGGUGGUCCUGGCUCAGGAAAGACUACCACUGCCAUGAAGCUCGUAACUGCUAUCGUUUCUGGCGGUGUUGGCGAGACUCGGGAGCAUGAACCCAAGCUCACUGUUGCUGACAAGCCUGAGUCUGUCAUCUCCAACAGGCCUGAUUCCACUGGCUGGUUGGACGUCGAUGAUGACGACACUUGCUCAGAAGCUUCCUUCUGUUCAGCUGUCUCUCGCCUGGCUGUUGGUCCUGAUGCUGAUAAACUUGAACAAGGGCACGUCACUAGCGCUCAUUCAUUUGACAUCUGUGAUGACACCACUCUGCCCUUGGCCUACCGCGUCCUUCCGACCGGAGUGGUCAUGCCAGAAGGUGCCGCGGCGCCAAACUCAGUUGAUGACCUUCGGUCCCUUGUGGAUAGCCCAAAAUAUACUCAGAUGAUGGCAAUUUCUCAGGGUAGCGGCUUAUCCAACAUCAUUCCACUCCAGCUCGCGAUUGUGGUUGAGGGAAACCCGCCUACGUCGAUGCCGAUAUUUGCAUCGCCAGGCUGCCACACCAUCUGGAUUCACAAUGACAACGCCAUCAAGUUGCAUGGAACAUCCUAUAACCACUUCUCUGGAUUGUCUUUGGCCCCAUCGGUAUCUGCUCCGCAUGUAGAUGAGAUUCCUCCCACCACAGAGCCCACUUCUGAGGAGUCUGCUUGGGACCAGUCCGCCCCUCCCGCUGCCGUUCCUGGUCUGGAUGAUCCAACUAAUCAGCCACCUGUGGCUCCUAUCACCCAGUACGAUGACCCAGCGCCUGAUGAGUAUAAAAAGGCAUCAAAGUUCCAGUCCAACGCAGGUCAGUCAGCUGAAUCUCAACCUACUCCUACUUCCGCAAAGGUUGCUUGGACUGCAGGCCAGAACAAACUGGUGGAUAAUGCUGCUCGCCGAGCAACCGAGGCCUGCCCUGACAAGCUGGUUGUCCGAGUCCUACCAUGGAAGCGAGAGUUCUCCAAUCUCCAACGCGUAACUGACGCAAAACCUGCCGUGACUGAGACCGAGACUCACUAUCUCGCCUCCAAUGUCGACCUGGCAAUGGCUGACCACCUCGACGCCUUCCGAGCUCGACAAUUUGAGAACAGCCACCCGUCAUGUGUUAUCGCAGCAUGGAACGAGAAGAAGAAGGACCCCGAUGCCUUUGCCAUGAACCGCGUCAAGAAUCAGUCUGAGUUCCGCAAAUUAAUGGAGCAUGCAAUCUCACAAGUUGACAUUGUUGUCGGAACUCCAGUUGCUCUGGUUGAGUUUGUUCGGCAUACGGAUUUCGUCCCGCAACUGAUUGUCGUCGAUGAAGCGGCUCGACUCACCGAGAACCUAUCCCUGGCCCCCCAGGCUGAAUGGCAGCCUGCAUUCUGUAUACACAUCGGCGAUACUCAGCAGUUCCCACCCAUCGCACUCACUGUUAAACAGCGUGACUUCAAGGCUGUCUUCUCCUACCAGAGGCAGACCAGCCUUUUUCAUCGUAUGGAGGAUGCCGGCAGAAUCCUAGCCCGCCGGAGUCGAAACUAUCGUGCACGUGUCAACGCUGCCUCGUGGGCUCAAACAAUGUUCUAUGGUGGCAACAUGAGUAUAGCUCACCGAAAUCACUCUGAAGCCAGCAAAAAGUUCCACAAUUGGAUGGAGGAGAAGUUCAAGAAAUUUGGUUGUCUCUCGACAACUGUGAUGAUUCGACCUGACAACGCUGAAAGAGUUGAAGACCGGAAACAGUUACGCAAACCCCGCCAACGCCAACUUCGCGAUGCAGCUCGUCGUCCAGCUCUAUCGAGACGCAGCUCUCGUCGACGCUCAGAGCAAAAGCGUCUGUAUGAACUCUUGCUGCGACACCUGACCAAGGCCGAAGUCCCUAAGGAUCUGGUUGAAGUCCGAACUGUUGACGACUCACCCAGUCAUGAAGCGGAUGUCGUCAUCCUCGACUUGGUGCGCACCGUCAAGAAGGGUUUCAUCAGCGAGGCCCCUCGCACGAAUGUCUCUAUGACUCGUGCUCGUCUUGGCCAAUUCGUGGUUGGUCCGGGCGGGAAGACUCCCCUUGAGUGGCCCUUGAACCACCUCGUUGCUUUCCUCGAGGAACGAAGUGCUGUCAUAAAUCUCAGGAACCGCUGCCGUUGGUACUUGAUGUGCCAGAACUGCUGUCAGCCCGGUCACCUCGCUAACGAGUGCACAUUCAAGCCGAAGUGUGUUCGGUGCGAUGGAGCAUCCCAUGCGACUCGCAACUGUCCUCGCGCGGAGGAGGACGAGAUCUCGACAUCCGCGUCCAAACCGAUCACUGCUGACGAUGGCAUUCAGCGAGAUGUUCUGCAGCCUCCGCGUGUCGACUUCUCCGACUCCAGGCGAUCCAAGAAGAACAGCACCACUCGGGAGGAAGCGUUUGCUAAGCCCCACAAACACAAGGACGCUAUGCGCAAGGCCUUUCACAAUGCUAUGCGAGAGCUUCGUAAGGUCAAGAAGGACCAGGACGUCCAGGAUGUUGAGACUGACGAGCAGGAUCAGGCGGGCGACGAUGGAUCUGACGAUGAUAGAACUGCUGAUGGUAGCGCUGACGAUGGUGUCUGGUGA